AUGUCUGACAUACAACUCUACCUCAUUGAGGUCGACAAGAAUAAGCCUGAGGCGCAGAGGAUAGCAGCGCAAAGCGCGGCGAAAUUGGAGGCCAAACAACUGAAACUCAUCGACCUCAUCACCAGCCUCGAAGAAUACAUCAACAACAAGGACGAUGGCGGCAUCCGCGCCAAGACCGUCUCGUACCUUGCAGAUGUUCUCGAGAAAGUCCCACCGAGAGUCUUGUCUGGACCGGAGAGGCGGCUAUUAUGUGAAUUCAUUCUGGGUCGCAUAGAAGGCGAUGUCGAAGGCGUUGGAUCAUCCGCAAGGGUAUUGCUUGCCUUGGAGGAGCGUGGCAAGUGGGAUCCCGAGACUGCUCAGAAAGUGAUGGAGUCAUUUCUUACGCAUACGCAUCCCCUUCUGCAGUUCAAGCUUCAGACGGAACGGUAUCCCGUCAUCCAGCUUAUUGACAUGCUUCUGGCCAAAUACCGCGAACCCAUACGGGAACUACAUGAGAAAGAUGCAGCAUUCAUGGCGGGAUUCAUCUCGUACUUUGAAGGCGAGAAGGAUCCCAGAAAUCUCAUGAUUGUGUUCUCGCUGCUGCAGGUACCCAUGGCCGAGUGGGACAUCCAAGCUCACGCCCAGGACAUGUUCGAGGCUGCUUUCAACUACUUUCCAAUCACUUUCAAGCCGCCUCCAGAUGACCCAAUGGKUAUCACUGCCCAGGAUCUCAAAGAUAGACUACGGGAAUGCAUCGCGGCAAACUCAGACUUUGCACCCUACGCAUUCCCUGCGCUGCUGGACAAACUCGACUCGACGUCAAUGAACACAAAGCGAGAUGUACUGCAGGCGAUACAGGCCUGUGUUAUCGGGUAUGAAGUCAAGACCAUCAACCUGUAUUCAGUCACGCUCUGGGAUGCGUUGAAGUUUGAGAUUUUGAGUGUGCAAGAAGAGGACCUUGCGGAGGAAGCGCUCAAGGCUCUUGCGCUAAUCGCUGCCAAGUUUGCAGACACAGAGGGCCCUCUCAAAGCAUAUCUCAGACCAAUCAUCAAAGAGUGUAAUGAGCAUCUCGAGGACGCACCGACGAAGCAAUCACAAGGAGCCGGCCGUAUUUUACACGCCGUCGCAGUGGGAAGUCCGCUAGUAGCCGACAAGGUUGUCAAAGGUAUCCUGCCAGUCCUAUUUACACUUUACCAAUCGUCRGAUUCCAUCACCAAAAGAAGAGGGCUGCUAGAGAUCUACAACGAGUUGAUCAAAUCGUAUGUUGAGUUCCAGUCAGCUGGAGACAAUGCCAGCCCCGAGGCUCUCCAGGCAUUCUCCAACGAUUCUUUGGAGGUGAUGCUUCGUGCUUUGAACAGCGCACCCAAAGCAGAAGUGUCAUUCCGUCUCACUGCUCUGAGCGGCCUAUCUCAGCUGGUAAGCGUACAUGGACUUCUUUCGGAUGAUGAGGUGGCGCGAGUAAUCACCGCUGUGGAUGAUAUUGUCUUGCACGAGCGUGUUGAAGGUCAUGGAAACAUCCAAAAAGAUGCCAUCCAGAGUCUGAUCGAAAUGGCACGCUCUGUGCCCGACGCAAUUCGAAGCCAAACCAUUCCUGCAUUCAUGGUCGAGUUGCCAGAUGCACCUACCGAAGGCUCAACCCACAUCCCUAUACUUGAAGCGUUUGCGCAGCUCAGCAGCGAGCAACAGGUCUUUGACACCGUCGUGCUUCGCAUCAAGAACAAGCUCAACGCCGCACGAUACCAGAACGCGCCUAGGGAUUAUCAAAGAUCGUUGCUUCUGGCACUUCUCUACGCAUUCACACACGGCUUGCCAAUUUACGAGGAUGGCGCUAUUCGAAGCGCCUACUUCUCUGAUUAUGCAGAGCCUCUGAUUGUGCUACUCAAAGAUGCACUGCCUUCUGAGAGAGAUGACUCAAUCACCGAGAUCGUCGGUCGGAUCGCAAAUGUCACACUGCGAACACAAUCAUCACACUUUCAAAGCACAGUUUACAACAAGAAUCUCGACUGGAUGUCGCCUCUGGCAGACAACUUGAGCGGAACAAACGAACGUGUGCGUACAUUUGCGCCUUUCUCUUUGUAUUACUACGCAGCCAUCAAGCCUGAGAUUGCGGAGCCCGCAGACAUCGUGGCGCUUGUACGAUCUCAGGCGAUGUAUCUGCUUAGUCCUGGAAUCGAUGCUGUCGGCACAAGUGUAGUCACGAGGCACCUAUCUUUGCUCAUCAACAAAUUUCYCGCGUCAGCAGCAAUGCAGAAGUCGUUGGAAGAGGCCAACAUCGAGGUCGAAGCGCUACUCGACGCUGGUCAUACCCCACAGUCCAUCAGUGUCGUGUUUGCCGUCGUAAAGGCGCUGAUCUUCCAAGGAAAAUGUGGAGCAUUGACAUCCAGAUACAUUCAACUGCUCUUAAAACAUCUGCCUACGUCGGACAAGGCAUUUGCGAGAAGAUUUGCGGGACUUCUCGCCCCGGACGAUAUUCUCACCAAAGAGAAUCACUGUGUUGUGUCUGGACUUUACAAGCAGAAGAUAUUCAGCCAGACUGUGCUUCCUAUGAUUGAGAGUGKGCGUACAGCAGAGCCUACUGCAAAGCCCAACUACCUCAUCGCACUUUCCGGCAUCCUUCGUUGGCUUCCAUAUUCGAUCAUGGAGUCGACGCUGGCAUCGCUUGUAUCACCUCUUCUGCAAAGUCUGGAUCUGAACGAGCCUGCAUACCAGGAAGUGAAAUACUCCACAUUGACAAUCUUCGAGUCGCUUCUGAUGCACAAUCCGUCCGUUGCAGAGGAGCAUUCGGCGUCGCUCAUCACUCGACUCUUGAACUCCACAUCUGCGCCAGGAAAUUUGGCCAAGACAAGAGCGAAGGCAUUGCAGUGUCUAGCUUUGGUGCCGCGGCAGCUGAAACAAGAGUCUGUGGUUCCUUAUAGGAGACCCGUGGUGAAGAAACUGCUGGGAUGUUUGGACGAUGCGAAGAGGAACGUGCGGGCUGAAGGUGUUAGGUGUCGGAGUGCUUGGCUGGCGCUUGACGAGGGCAACGAUGAGGACGAUGAAUGA